AUGUUCAAUCAAGAAAAAGGUACUGAUUACCCAGUUAUCAACCAGACAGACCUCGAGUCACUUGCUGACUUGAAGCUCUCUGUUAUGGGUCAUGAAUAUCCAAAGACCACUAAAAACAGUGAUGCCAUCGAAGUUAUGACACCAUUAGUAGAUGUCAUUGCAGAAGCCGACCAAGACGUUACCGCACCAAUUGAUCAACGACUUCAAUCAUUCUUGAAUUCAUACUUCGCCGAAUGCAAGACUGAAAUACCAAAGAUCCCAGACAACACAGUCGUUCUUGAUAAAGAGGGUCUUGGAAGAGUUUUGUCAUUCCCCCCAAACAAACAAGACUUCUUCUGUGAGACUAUGUCCUCAUACAAAAUCAAACAAGGUGUCUUGCACAACCCAGCCAAAGAUAAGAGAACAACAGUUGGUGUGUUCCACAUCUGUGAAGGUGAUGUCCCCGUUCCUACUGACAAGAUUGAAUGCCCCAAAUCCGCUUUCUUAAGAAUGUUGAAAGCUGCAUUCUAUGAAGCUCCAGACAACCAUUUGAUUAUUCCAUACACUGCUGAAUGUGAACAUCCAACCAAAUCAUGGGUCUCACUCUAUAUGAGACCAACAGUCAUUCCAGCUGUUCAAGGUGUUAAAGGUUUUGAACACGAAAAGAAGACCGAAAUUCACUUCUUUGUUCCAGGCAACAUGGUUUCCUGCUUGGACUUUGUUGAGUCUGUCUUUGGCAAUGCUGGUAACCCCAAGUUAUUGAAGAACGAUGCUGCACUUGACCCAUUGAACUGGACUGGACAUACUGGUAUGGCUGUCCUUGCUCCACACUUGACUAAGAUCACUAAGAAGGAAUGUGGUCUUCCACACAUUUCACAAGCCACUGAGAGACAAAAGAAGGAGCACAUGUGCUGGGAAAAAGAAGACGAAUUGUACAACGACGGAAAGACCUUUAAGAUGUAUGCCAGAGAUGCUUCAGGUUUCAUUUGCACUAUCAUUGCUGAUAACUACUUUGGCUAUUGCAAGAAGGAAGUUAAGACCCAAAUUUCAUUCUCAGCGAACUUGUACGGACUUGCCGAAGAAGAACACGCCGGUGGAGCCAUUUGCAGACCAUCAUAUGAUCUUGGGGAAUCAGCCAAAGCUGUUCAAUAUGCUGAAGGGUACAAAUACAGUGAGAUGAUCGAGAAGAACAAGAACUCAAUUACAUUAAAAGAAGGGUAUGCUGUUGAUAAAACUUAUCCAGAAGGUAUUAUAUAUGUCCCAGAAGAUGCCGUAUUCAAUAUUGAAGAGGCUUCUAUUAAGUUCCAUUACAACGGAAAGGAGCAAACCAUUCUUUUGAUACCAAAAGUCAAUUAUGUCCUUCCUAAUGGGUAUACUAUCAUCUUACACGACACUAUGACUUCAAGAAGAUGGACUUUGAGAGGAAUUCUGCCACAAUACACACUCUGCCAUAAGCCGUGCACUGUCUCUGGUGGAGGAAAGUCCGAGAUUUCUAAGAACAUUAGUGACGCCAUUUUUGCUGGGAAGAUCUUCAUUAAUAACAAGGAAGAAGAAUAUAAGAAGGUCCAAAAGGUCUUUGACCACGACUUCUCAAGAAGAUAUGCCGAUGGAGAAAUUAAGUCUGCACACAUUCUCGAUCCAAAUGUCACGCUUGGGACGGUUGUCAAGAUGUUGACACCAUCAGCGAACUUCACUGAAGAACACAAUGAGUUCAUUCAGACCAUCCAACCAUCUAUUGUUGAAUUGAUCUUAACGAUCAAAUCGUUGUACAGAGAAGAAUGGAAGGGCGACUGGCAAUCAAGAAUCACUGUCGAUAAGAUCAAUGGACAAGAAGGCCACGAAUUGAAAUACAGAAAGAUGCCACUUCCUUCACAAUACUUGAGAAUAGGGUUUGAGUCCGAUGAGACGACUUGGAGAGUCUUCCAAUUGAGAAAAGACUUCUUCCCAGCUGCCAAAUUGCAGAUGGAAGACGAUAUCACCGGGUCUGUCAUUGUCCCAACUAAGUUGUUGAAGACUCCAAUCAACACUAAUGGGAAGAGAGCGUGCAAGAUCGUCAAGAAUUGUGAAUAUAGACUCUUCCAAAGACCAGACGAUGCCAUUUUCAGAGGGUAUGAUAAACAAACUGAAUAUGACUUCUCUAUUGAAGGACACUUCAUCUCUAAUUACCAACCAAUGACUAGAGAAGAGGCUGCUGACUUCACCAAGGACGUUGUUAGAUUGUACCAAUACACCGACCCUAUGAGAGUCACUUUGCAAGACUUUGUUGCUGGCAAAGAUCAGACGAAAUAUGUUGUGUCGUCAUCAUUACCAAGACUUGUGAAGGAAGGAGACAAGUUGGUCUGCUCGAAGAACCCAAGAUACUUGCAAAGAAGACCAGACAUGUUGGACCCAGAGAACACUUAUAUGACAUUCAAAGCUAUUUCGUUGUUCAGAAAGAUCGCAGACACUGAUCCAUUGUAUACCCCAGUCGAUGCUGUCUUGUCUGGAAGAAGAAACAACCCACCACAAACUAAAGGAGCUCUUGUCUUAAGACCACUCUCCGUCUUUGCUCCACUCCACUACUUCGAAUUGCCAGAGUUGUUGAUGGAAGCUAUCACUUCGAUGACUGGAGCAUCACCAUCUAUCUUCGGUGCAGGAUCUGAAGGCGCUUUGACUAAAGGUCCAUUCAACUCCCUUCCAGCUGUUGUUGAUUUGAACAACUACUUGUUGGGUAUGAUCUGCUGUGGAUACUCUGGAUUUGUUUCCUCGGCGUCGUAUUGUGGCCCACAUUAUAAGAUCAGCCACGACAUCUCUUUGUUGAUCCCAGAAAUUUGGUCCAGAAUGAGAAGAAACGAACAAGAACCUAAAUACUUGAUUGAACAUGGAUUCUUGGAAGCCGUCCCAGACGUCUCUUAUAACGGAAAGACUUACGCGGGCAGAAGACUUGGAUACAGAAUCACUAAGGAGUUCGCUACUCACUUCUUCAGCUCGAUCUUUACUGCACCAAACUCAGUGAUGCCAGAAGACUUCUUGAAACCAGAGAAGCAAGACUUGGCUAUUUAUGCUGAUUCAUAUGAAUAUAUGGCACAGACAGAUAAGGGAAUUGCUGGUAAUUAUAUCGAAGAUGGAACUGUAGAAGGUGCUUGCCCACCAUUGAAGGCUUUGUUGUAUAUCAUGGCUAAUGGAAGUUAUAACGGCAUGACUAUCGAAUCAAAGGAAUUCAGAGACUUGUUUGAUCCAAAGGCCGUCUUUGCUAGUGAAUGGUACAAACUCAGAUUACAGACAAGACAAAAAGUCGAGGAGAAGAAGUUGAACAAAGACUUGACUUACUUGAACAAGAUGCUUGCUAAUAGACCAAGAAUCGCUGAUAAGAUCAAUGAACAAAUCAAAGAAGUCAAGGAAGAACUCGCUUACAUUUCAUCCGAACAAUACUUGCAAGACAUCGACGGUUCUAUCGGAACUGAUCCUUACCUCUAUACCUGCAAGAAACACUAA